UGUGGUCUCCUUUGCCCGAAUUAUUUGCAUGCUAUAUUUUUCUUGACCGGUGAUUGGAGCACGCAAAGUAAUCCACGAUUCGGUCCCAACGGAGGAACUCACAAGACAUCGUUCUACAUCUCAAGGCGACCCUUCUCAGCACGGUCAUAUGAUUUGCAGCAUUGCAUAAUUUUCCUCUCGACCAUUACAAUUGCAGCAGUGCGUAUUUUGUCCCUUCAAUUCUAACCAUUCAUUCGACGGCCUGACAGGUAAAAGAUUAUCACAAUGAAUCGUCGGGCCCUAUCAAUGCAAAUGGUGUUGGAUUCGUCGUCAGAUGAUGACGAUGAAGAUUUGUUUAUCUCCGUUACUCAGGUUGCGAUGAAUGCGGAUGAGCUAGAUAAUGAAACGAAACAUCGUGGUUCUGUCCAAGGGCACCGAGUACUUCAACGAGAUAGACAUGCUGGACAUCAGAGGUUGUAUCAAGAUUAUUUUUCAGAGAAUCCUACGUAUGGACAUAAUUUGUUUCGUCGAAGGUAUGUAACAAAUAUGGUUUUAAAAAAAUUAGUAGUAUACAUGAGUCUUAUUACUAGUGACAUGCAAGUUUCGAAUGAGACAUACAUUGUUUGUACGCAUAUGGAAAGCUGUGGAAGAACAUGACCAAUAUUUUGUUCAGAAAAGGAACGCUGCUGGUAUUCUUGGCCUAUCUAGUCUGCAAAAAAUUACCGCGGCAUUUCGAAUGUUAUCUUAUGGAGUAGCAGCUGAUGCUACUGAUGAUUAUGUUCGCAUUGGUGAGAGUACUGCAAUUGAGAGUCUACGAAGGUUUGUUAGUGCUGUUGUUGAGGUUUUUGGAGAAGAAUAUUUGAGAUCACCUAAUGAAGACGAUAUUGCAAGAUUACUGGCCAUCGGAGACAGUAGAGGUUUUCCUGGUAUGCUUGGUUCAAUUGAUUGUAUGCAUUGGAAGUGGAAAAAUUGUCCUUCAGCUUGGCAAGGUAUGUAUACCGGGCACGUGCAUGAGCCUACAAUUAUACUUGAAGCUGUUGCGGAUAAAGAUCUUUGGAUUUGGCAUGCAUUUUUUGGGAUGCCUGGUUCCCACAAUGACAUCAAUGUUUUGCAUCGAUCCUCUUUGUUUGCACGCCUAGCAGAAGGUGAAGCUCCAAAUGUGAAUUAUACAAUUAAUAACAAUGAUUACACGAUGGGUUAUUAUCUUGCUGAUGGCAUCUAUCCAUCGUGGGCUACUUUUGUCAAGACCAUUCCAGAACCACAAGGCAAUAAGAAGAAAUAUUUCGCUAUUGCACAAGAAGCUUGCAGAAAGGAUGUGGAACGAGCGUUUGGAGUUCUGCAAGCUCGAUUCGCAAUCGUUCGGGGUCCAGCUCGGUUUUGGGAUGAAGACACUCUCGGACUAAUCAUGAGAGCUUGUAUCAUUAUGCAUAAUAUGAUCGUCGAGGAUGAGCGAGAUGACGAACAUGAUAUAAUUUACGAAGGCGUAGGAGAAAAGGUAAAUUUGUCGCAUGAAGGGACACCAGAACUUGAGGAAUUUAUUCAAAACUACAAGAAUAUAAAGGAUAAAGAAAUUCACACUCAGCUUCAAGCUGACAUCAUUGAGCACUUGUGGCAACAUCAUCCAGACCUUUACAAAUGAUUUUAUAUAUUUUACUAUUAUUAUUUGGUUCUUGUAACAAUUGUGACUCAUGAUUACAAAGUUAUUAUGUAAUAACAUC